GCUCAGAGUAUCCGGUCUGUACUGAGGCUCAAAGUACAGACUGCAUGAAGUCAAGAGAAGGAGGAAGAGGACCUGAACACACCUUACAGUUUCUCCAACAACGUCCGUGACUAAAGGAACAUGUCUGAGCCUGGUGGGGAUAGAGAUGCCCAGAGUGGUGGAGACACAGUUGAUGCCUUAGCAUUUUUCUCAAAGAGGCAGGAUGCAGAGCCUGCAGGCAGUCUAAAGAUGCCCAUCAGCUAUAAAGCAGCAGACCAUGACCCUUACCGAUACAGGAUGGACUACCCGUGCAUGGGAACCUGUCUGAUCAUCAACAACAAAAACUUUGACCCCCACACAAAUAUGAGUACUCGUAAUGGAACUGAUGUGGAUGGUGCCACGGCUAUAAAAUGCUUCUCCGAUCUGGGCUACAAGAUAAGGUUUGCCAACGAUCAGACUGUGAGCCAGAUAAAACAGCUGAUGUUAAGUGUAUCCCAGGAGGACCACAGCAAUAAUGCAUCAUUUGUAUGCGUGUUGCUCAGUCAUGGAGACGAGGGGGUGAUAUUCGGCACUGACGGCUUUGAGAAGUUAGAAAAUCUGACUAACUACUUUAAAGGAGAUCGCUGCAGGAGUUUGGUGGGGAAACCAAAGCUCUUCUUCAUACAGGCGUGCCGUGGCUCAGACCUGGAUGGAGGCAUUGAGACUGACAGCAUAUCGGAGGGAACAUCAGAGAGGAUUCCUGUGGAGGCAGAUUUCCUUUAUGCUUUCUCUACGGCUCCAGGCUACUACUCUUGGAGAAACACAUCCAAUGGUUCCUGGUUCAUUCAGGCGUUGUGUGAGAUGUUGCAUGGGUGCAGUGGAGAGCUGGAGCUGAUGCAGAUCAUGACCAGAGUCAACCGCAAGGUGGCAACGCACUUUGAGUCUUCCUCCAACCUCCCUGGAUUCAGUGGCAAGAAGCAGAUCCCCUGCAUCGUCUCCAUGUUGACCAAAGACUUCUACUUUCCUGUCUAGAUCAAGAUACAUGGCUUCUUUUGUCCUAUGACCCAAUCCAUAUGUUUAUAUGAUUUUACUUGAAAUUAAAUAUACUUGACAGCAAUAAUGUCAAUAAAAGGAUAUUCAAUAUC